UUAGCGAGUUAACGCACUACGAUAGGAGUCAUUUGAACGACUCGAGUCGAACGAAGUGUACAAUGUGCUAUAACACUUAUCGGAGUGAAGGAAUGAAUUGUGAUUUUAUGUCAAUUUUGUCGACGUUAUUAACUUGUUAGAUAUCAAAAUGAGACUAUUCAGGUUAAGGUUUAUACUUUUGGGAUUAUUGCUGUGUUUAGACUAUAUAUGGUGCUUAAAUUGUGGGACAGAUUUUGUUGACCCUGCAUCAAGUGCAUAUCAGGCGGAUGUUGUUGUCAUAGCGAAAUUAAUGCAAAAGUUACCACCAAUUGAAAACAGGUAUAACACCACGAUCAAUGUAAAAGGUAAAAGAAAUAUAGUUAAGGGUCAUGAUCUUCUUAAGCGAUUAAGGCUUCUAACAAUUGGGGAGCUAGGGACAGGCGAGGUCGGAAGAUGUGUGUUCAAUAUAGCAAAGGAAACCUCCGCAAAAACGGAUUUCAUAUUUUUCCUGCGACAAACUAACGAUGAUAACUUUUUUCGAAUUUCUGCGGAGCCUGUUCCGAGUAGUAAUAAAAAGAUGUUUAAACAAGCAAAAAAGGAUAUAAAGAAGAUAUUGUGCGACAAAGAACCAUGUGCAAAACCCCCUGAAUUCCAUCUUAAGAAAAAAAUGAAAGACGCAACGAUAGCGGAGGGUGAGAACAUCGAGCUCACGUGCACGUUGAAGACACGACCCUUUCCGGCGGCCGAAACUAAGUGGUUGAAGGACGGUGUCCUUAUUGAAAAAAACAUACAGACAGGAAAAAAGAGUUCGCGGCUGCGCAUCCGGAAGGCCGGCGCGUCGGACUCCGGAACCUACACGUGCGUUGUGCGGAACGUCGGCGGGGAGAAGCGUCAGACAGCCGUGAUAACAGUGUCACGAGAUUCCCCACCCCAACUUUCUAAAGUGACGCUUGAUGAUGUCAAAGUUAAAUUCCAGACGCCUUUAAGGCUAACUUGCAAGGUCAAGGACUCGCCUUCGAACGUUAGAUUUACCUGGUUCAAAGACGGCAAAGAGAUUGACUCCAACAGCAGACCGGGCAUCGAGAUCGACACACGAAAAACCGAGUCGCGGCUCCGUAAGAACGUCACCCUGCUCAAUGAUCAAGGCUUGUACACGUGUGUUGCAACCAAUGCCGCCGGCGAGCUCGUGCAGAAAUCCAAUGUGACCGUCACUGACGUUUCACAAGACCUUGUAUCUAGAGCACCCGCCAAGAUCAUUGAGUGUACAGAAGCAGAGAAAUCAAAAUGUUUGAACAAUGCGACUUGUCAGAAAUAUGCGGAAAUAAAUCAGCCGUUCUGCACAUGCCAGAACAACUAUCAAGGGACGCGUUGUAACGUGUUCGUGCCAUCUCUUACGAGGAAGAACGAGGGAGACGACAAACUGGCUAAAGACCGUACCUUCGUCGUUGUUGGCAUCGUAAGCGGCAUCAUCCUCUUCAUCACAAUUUGUGUCGUCUCAUACUUCCUGGCAAGACGCCGACGACAUCGAUAUCUACGACGACGAGGGCGGCAGUGUACAAAUGGCAUCGCCGACAAAGACAUUCCAGACAAUGGUGAACAUGGACCACGUAGACCACUGAUAUUCUGUGAUGACAUCAAUGGACCCAUGAAAUCCACACUGACAACCCCCGUAGAGAAGGUACAGAAACAUGAGGUGCAGACGACGGAGACAUGUUUCUUGUCCUCGUCCUCGGACAACACAAACCUGUACAUCAACCCCAACGAGGGAUACGUGUCCGACCGCAGCAGCCGCUCGCGGAAAGACGCAAUCUCUGAGGGCGAUUCGAAACCAAGGCCGGUAGAAAGCGAUCAGACGAGCGACGACGAGAAUAUUCGCCCCAAAAACAGCCGGAAUAGUGACCCGAACUUUAGAAAGCCUUUGAACGGUAAUACUUCCACCGGCAGGGCUCGCGAAAAUGAACUCAACAAGGACGGGGCGCCGAGUGAACCUUUAAACGAUUUGAGCCCUAAACGGAAGUCUUUUCCAAAUGAAAACGCGAAGCCGAUUUUGAGCAAACCGAGUUUACCGAAUAUUCCUAAUCCGAGAUCCUCGCAAGGUCACGCUAUCAACAUCGAUUCGGACAGCGACGAGGAGCUUCCACGUAAUGAGUCGCCAUUAACGCCGCUGCACAUUAGUGAAGACGAAGGCAAUGGGAAUUACAGCAGCAUUUUCAAGAAAUGCAGGACAACAAAACCUGGGACAAGUAGUGCGACUAAUAUCACUCAAUACGACAGCAUUGACGCUCAUAGGGAAGACUUAAGUGCACCGGUGUCGUUUUUGAACGAAAAUCUUAAAGAAGUAAACAAGCGUCCCGAUGCUGCUCAUGAUCAUUCUGAAACGGUUGCUGAUAAGCCACGAGGUGGUGAUAUGGAAGGUAGACCCCGAAAAGCCGAGCGACAUCGGCAACUUCCGGCAGCAGAAAGGAGUAAACACGCGCCGUCGGAAACGAACGGCAAACAUACGGGACCGACCGGAAGGCCUAGAUCCGGUCCGCAACAACACAGAGCCAAAGACAAAGAGAGAGAACGUCGCAGAAUGCCUGUUCCCCCAGAAAAGCAAAGACCACCGUCGCAACCAGACAGAAAUAGAUCAAUCGCUGUCCCGACGGAACAUAUUCAAUUCCCGUCAUCCACAAAUGUUGUCAAUCCUAAAACUGAAUUCAACGAUAGGAGGCUGGACAAGCCAUCUUUGUUACUACAAUCCGACGGUAAUUUAGCCACGCCUGACGUCACUGAGCCACGUGAUGACGUCAGUGAUAGCUCCAGUACCACGACGGAGGGCUGUGACUCUCCCAACACUGUUUGGCAGAACGCUCAGCUUGCCGACUUCGCCGACGUCUCGCCGGUUACAGUUGAUGAGAGACAAAGUAAUCGGGGUGAGAGGGCCGGCUCGGCGGAUGGUCCUAAGUCAAAAUCCGGAAACGCUGCUGAUUCAUUUUCAAUUUUUCCUAAAAUGCCACCGCGGGCAAACGCUGCGGAAAACAAUAGAAAUUUUAAUCAAAGACCGCAUCCUAAUGAAUUAGGUCGAACAAAAUUGAAAGACAAGUUUUCGAUAGCUAUCUAAUACUGCAUUUAGAGCAUAAUAUAUAGUGCAUUAUAUUUCAGCUUGUAGAGUACAUGUUGUGUCGUUAAUAAGUAAUCUUAAUUUAUAUGAUGUUUUCAUUUCCUCUCAAUUACCUUUCUUCUUCAUGUUUUGAAACGUGCGAGCAAACAAAAUUGUACGUAAAGCAAACAGGUGUUGUGAAUAGAGUUGUUCAUACUGCAAGGGGUUGUCAAGGUUUCGUUAUGUGUCCGUCUGUUUAAAUCCUUUUCCUAUAGAAGGGAUGUUGCAUAAAUUUCGAAAUUAUUCCUUGUGCACGUGUCUCCUUCUUUCGGUUUCGGAUUUCAUCCACUCGCAUCAUUCCGUGUAUAUAUUUGCAUUUUAUUUAUAUUUUGCUGUUGAACAGUUCAGUGUUAUGUACAUACAUGUUGCUAUGCAUUUCACAAUAUUGCUACUUAUGUUUUAUGUCUGUUUGUUCUAAUUUUACUGUAUUUCAUGAAUAUGAAUUAUUCAUAGCAUUUAAGCUCCAAGCAAAUAUUGUUAGUUUGAGUUUGUGUAAUAGCGUGGCUAAAUUUCUACUUUAUAAUGUUUAAUACUGGAUUCUUACAAAACACUACUGUAAAUAAUAUGUAUUAAGUCCUGAUAUGUUUUAAAAAUAGUUUUUUAUAUUAAUAAAUGCCCUUGUUUAAAGUUGGUUUCAAGACAAUCCGAAUUGAUGAAAUACAGAAUGUUUUUAAAAAUAAUAGAAAAAAAGGUUUCGGAACAUAAUGCUUAGUGAAAAGCAAUUAUUCGAUGUUGCUUAACAUAAAUUAUGUAAAACGUUUAUACGACCUCUUUAAACCCAUAAAUAUAUAAACCAAUAAUAAAGAUGUUUUAGCCAGUAUUAAAUAUAUAAACCAAUAAUAAAUAUAAAGUUUUAGCCAAUAUAAAUUUGAAUGCGUUUUUGUUUGUAUUAUGUACGCGUAUAAUCUCUUAAAUCUAUCACGGUCAGUGUUGAUGAAACGAAAUAUCACACAAUAAUCCAUUAUUUGAGGCUGUGCAGCGGGCACCGGACAAGCAGAGGUUGGAGGUCAUACCGACACGGCAUAGCAAUACCGAUCUUUGUUGUCACGUGACCUUACGACACUGCUCGCCCGGUGACUACACUUUUCAUCAACGGCUUUUAAUUCGGGAUAUAGAUUUUGGGCGACGGAUUAAGAUUUUGUCUGCCCCAUAUCAGGUCAAGUUACCAGAUUGAAUUGCUAUGUUUAUUUUCUAUAUGUAUAUUUGUGAUAAUUUUUUAAGUUGUUUAUGCAAUUCAUAUUUAUAUAUAUAUCUAGAUUGUUUUAUUGGGCGAUUUGAAAUAAAUGAAUAAUUGAAAUGAU